CAGAAAAAGACGGGGAGUCUCUUCCAACACUUUCUGAGAAAAACGUGCAGGAAGCUAUUGACAAUUAUGCUUGGUAUAGAAACGUGGAGAAAUAUGGAGAUUCCACACAACGAAGAAUAUAAAUUGACCUAAACUGUUGUUUAGAGGGUUUGAACUGUUUGUGUUGUGGAUUUGCAUAUUUUUAGAGCAUAGUGAAGGGGAACCAAUUAGCCUGGAAGUGAAACAGUUUCAUCACUUCCUAGUGAUCAUACGACACCCACAGGCUUGAAAAAUUCUUGGUCUGGAAUAAACAGCUAUACUACUGGUUUGUCUACUGAAAGAAGUUCGCUUUACUCUUGGAGGGAUGAUGAAUUUGAUAAGGCCAACACACAGAGAGUGCAUCAUUUAUUCUGGGACAUCGAUGAAAUGCUGUUUGAAGGAAAAGUGACCUCUCAAACUCAGAGCCUGCAAGCGGAAUGUGCAGACUGGGUUGAACGAUCUCUUCAUCUAAGGAUUCUAGGAAAGCAGCUCCUAUUACCAAAGGAUGAAGGCGUUCAGCAUUUUCAGAGCAGGAGAGAGAGCUCUUUGGAUACUAAAGUUUUACCUGGCCUCCACGAAUAUACUACUGAUAUAAAAGAGCUCUGCAUUUCAGGUUCUAAAUUGAUUCCCGCAGUGUCUCCAGUGCGUAUAUCAGUAGAUUCCAGUUCCGCUAGGAUUUCUGCCUCCAACUCUUCCAUGUAUUCAUUCCUGGAAGAAGAAAUCUAUGAUGUGGAUGGAAGGAUAGAAGAGUAUCUUGCCUUUGACAACAAGGAGCUCGAUGAUGAGAGUUUGGAACAAAAGAAAACGCAUCUUGCUGAGAAGAGGAGGAAACAUGGCAUUCCCCCUGUGUCUCCUAAUGCCUGUAUCAAAGAUGCUGUAGCUUCUGAAGUAUUUGAUCAUAUGUGGAGGAAUAUAAUUGAAAUAUUGGAGGAGCUGAUUAAAAAAAAUUGGGAAACUAAUAUCACAGAGUGUGACAAACAGGUGGAAAAACUGAAAGCUGUUACAGCUAAACUGUCACAUUUGCCAGUUGUUCGUGUUACAGCAGAUGUUGGGAGUAUGCCUCUUUCCAGAGGCUCUGAAGCACGAAGCAUGCCUUAUGGUCCCCCUUUUGUUCCAUCACAGGUUCACCGUUUCUCCAGCAACUUCUGUAGUGAUUUGAACGGUGUCAUGACAAUUCAGGCAAAACCGCUGCAACAGAGGCAUGUGGCCACAGGAGAAAAAACACGGAAUGAGCAAGAAGACAAACUACAUAGUAUUGGCUCCAAUGCGCCAAACUCAGUGCGCACUAAAUUGAGGAGAAUUACUGAUAACAGUGUUCUCUCAUCAUCUCGGGUACUGCUGACAUCUUCUAGGAAGCUACCAAGCCUUUGUAGGUUACCUUCUCUCACUUCUGACCAACCCUCCUCAAAAGCUCCUAAUAUGUACAAUGAUGAAAUCCUUAGGGGGACUAAAUUGGGUGCCAGUUUGGAUCGUUUAUCUUCUGCUCAUGCACGUACAACUCGGAACAAGUUACCACCAAUAAACUCAGGGGCUGUUGAACAAUAUCUUUCAGUACCUCGAUUGCAACAGAGCUCUCAUAGAGGACGUUACGCUUAUAGCAGAGUUUCAAGUGCAGUACCUGGCAGUACGGAGCAACGGCCACUCAGAGAACGAACUGUUUUUAUCGAUCAAUUUUCAAGGCCCAACACAACGCAUACAUUCAGGGCAGACGCACUUCAGAAAAGAUCACUGACUCCCAUGGAUUUUGCUAACUGCAUGUGGACAGGUGAAAGAAUUUUAACAGGCUCACAGCACUACUACAAAUCCUUUCAGAGACAUCCUUCAACCUUGAGGAAGAGAUUUCAGGUUGCUUCUUAACUCAGCUUUAGAAAAAAAGAAAAUCCCUGCACUGAAGUGCCAAAGUACUUACUUUGCCAGCUAUCAUCUUGUGUAGUAAAGAACACAUGCAGUAUGUUAGUUUCUGAGCUUUGUGAUCCUCAGAAUGCCAGUAUUACCUUUUUUGAAAGUUGCCUGAGCAAGUUUAGAUAAAAAUUAGAGCAAAAUGAAAUAAAUGGUUGAAAUCCCCAAACUGCAGGUCUCUGCUCUCUUUGCAAAGUCAAGACGCUGCUCCUCUACUUCUUUCUCAGGCAUUCCUCCUUUUCCGUCUUUCCUCUGGGAAAUGUUAUUCCACCUAAAGAAGCAAAUGACUGACGUUUAGGUUGUGACAUCCUGUUCCCACUCUUUCAUGUUUCCUCAGUGCUCUGUCCAAACAUCAGUAAUGUAUAAAAUUCACGCUUUUUUUGCAGUUUGCUGCAUCUCAUCUUUAACUCCUGUUUUAACAUUUCUCCCUUUUUUAAUGUCUCUAUUAUUGCAAUUGCUCUCUUCUAAAUAACAUCUGGUCCUACCUUUUCUUCUUCUUUUAAUCCUUUUAAGAUGGUGUUUGUUAUUGCAUCUAAUUAAGCUGUUCUCUUUGUCAGUGGGGGUAAACUGGGAUAAACUUUGCUUUACGAAGCAAUGAUUUUGCUGUUAGGCCAAACUUGUUUGUAGAUUCCGAACUGUUGAACCUGCAUGCUGACAGGUCAGUAAGAAGGUUCCUACUUCCUGAGAUUUCUUAUAAAAUGUUGCUUGUUACUGUAGAAAUCAAUCAUGUUUUUUUGUACCUGAUCCUUCAGAGCUUUAACAUGAAAAAAUUUACUUUACUUGGUGAAAGCAUUAUUUAAUACUUCCAUGUGUGUAGACCCAAAUGGGGAGAUCAAGGAGGAGACUGGGAUUGUGUUCUGUCUGGGGGUCACAGCCAAGUUCACGUCCCAGUGCAUUAAUGCUAUGUGUGUACACAGUCAGGCAUUCUUCCUUCCAUCAGAGAGCGUACAGCUUGGAUAGAUGUGGUAGUAGAACUGCUGAAGAGGUAAAAGAGGAAGAGAAAAACUUAAUUAUUUGCCCAGGUUUUGCAGUUAAGAACAGAAUCAAUUCCUUCCACUUGGGAACUAAUGCCAGUUCUCCUCCCUUCUCUUGAAAUGUUCCAGGAUUGGUAAUCUAAGGUAAAGUAUUUGUAAUACAUAUUUUGU